CGAAUUCGAAGAAACAGAGGAGUGACAAAAUCUUUUAUGGUAAGGUUGUCAAGUCUGGUAAAGAACACAUGAAUGAACGACUAAAGCAGUUCACUGCUACUACUGAAGGGUCAAAAGAACACACUGAUCUUGGUCAGCCUGUAAUGUGAAUAGUCCUUUAUCAAAAUCGACUGGCAAGUAAGUUCAUUAUCGAAAAUCGUAAUUUACCGGUAAUAGCGAUUUCCUCAACCUUCCCUUGCCAACUAUAGUACAACUUUGUCGUUUUAAAAUGACUACUGCCUUCUGUUUUUGGUAUUUUGAUAUACAAGGAAAGUAUAUAUAUACUCGUUUUCAAAAAGGUUGACAUUUCAGAAAUAUAUAUAAAUAUAUAUACCUUUUGUUUUUUCUUUUGUUUCGCGCAGAGAAGCAAAAGAUAUAUAUAUUUUUGAAAUAUCAACCUUUUUGAAAACAAGUGUAUAUAUAUUUUAUAUAUACAGCUACUUCGAGAAAGGUUGUCUGAUAAAUUACAGUGCACGCGACAACCCUGAAAGGUAUUGUGGGUGGUGUUGAUUUCACUGUUUUUCAAAGAAAUGUGAAAGAGAAUCCAUGGACAUAGGUCUGCGAAUGCUAAAGGAAAGCAACAAAAGUAGGUUUGACAGCUACAGUGUCAGGAAAAGUGUAUUGAACAUAUCCCAAAUUACCUUUCGGGACUGUCGCUUGCACAUUUUUCUGACAACCUUUCUCGAAAUAGCUGUAUAUAUUGGGGAAAAUAAUAAUCAGGUGUGAUCAAGGGUUCGUGCUGAAUCUAUGGCGUGUGAGGUUUCUGAAUUAGGCCAUACCAUUGUCUCGCGAUUUGAUUCUUCUGCAUUUCGCGCCCAGCGAUAGUCUCAAAGCGCUUUGAUUAGGAAUUUUGAUUUUAGCACCCAAUACAAAUUUAGUUGGUAAUAAAAAAAUGUUACUGAAAUGUCAAAAUGUCCGCAAUUUGUUAAAACCCACAUAGGAGGGAACUUUAAUACGUAGCAUAGUGAGCAAGGGAAAUAAUAUUAUCUGCUGGAUUAUUUGUUUACAAAAAAAGUUGCAACGUUAAAGGCCUUUUCAACGUGAAUGGCCUAACCGUUUGGAGUGAUAAGAUUACAGAAAAUCAACUAAAAUACCGUAACCAUUUGAGAUCAUAAACAGAGCUUUUGUUACCAAAACUUUCAUUUGCCUCCAGGCUUCCCUGAUUAAAUAAACAUGCCGAAUCGAUCAGAAAUGGUAGGGGAAUCCCCUACUACUUUGGCGGAAUAAACAUACUGUUGCUGAACUUUCGUAUUGUAGUUUUUUUCCUGCACAGCACCGCGUAAUAAAUUUAUGUAAGGAUCAUUUAUUAUUUAAUUUAAAUAAAUAAAUAAAUAAAAAACAGGGCAGGGGAGUAAAAGCAACAAGCAAUCCUUUUUUGUGGUUUAAUUCACGCUCAGUUGUGACUUUUAAGUGCUUGCCAGAAGUAAAUUUCACGGAUAUUAAAAUCGAAUAAUUUUAUAACACUUAACUACUACAUAAUUAUUCGCUCAAAACAAAGAUUCAGAGUUCCUGAAAAGUCACGGUCUGGUUUGCUAUGGGUCAAUUUUCUCGCCUGAUUCAGUUUAGCUCAUAAUUCCGACAUCAUUGUUGAUUUGUAAAGAAAAAAAUAAAUAAAUAAAUUCAAUGCCCUAUCGCGGCAAGUCUACAUAAUACGUUAAAAUCACUUACAAAAUUGUCUUUCUGUUUUUCUAGCUCUCUGAAGAAUGUCUGAUAAUAUUUCUUUACCUCGACAACGCCAAUGUACAGAUUUAGGCUGCGCGGAUGAAAAAUAUAUCCUUGAUAUAUUCAGCUAUGUGCAGCCUGGAACUCAUGGGAGAUGUGAAUCAAGGAAACAGCUCUUUGUGUUUAUAAGCAGAGACGCAGAAAAUGACAGAUUAUCUUUUCUGCAGGUAAUGUUUAGCGUCUAGCACAAUAUCAUUUACAAAAAUAAUAAAUAAUAUAUCAAUAAAUAAAUUGAUAAUAUUCAACUAGAGGUUACAGAAUGUAAAUUAUUCAGAUUUGCUGUGAAUACUUAUUGGGCGUGGGUAGUGGUAUAGCGUAUGUAAGUGAGUAAGUAAAUAUAUGGGUAGUAUUAAGUAUGCAGUUUAGGCUUCAAGGGAGCGUCAUUUCACCCUCAAUUUAAUUAGAAACGGCGGCGCUGAUAAAGUAACUUUGAUACCCUCUCUUUAUUUCCAGGAGGAGAAAAAAAGAUUGGGAAUGAUUAAAGUUUACUCUGAUAGAUUUUGCUGGAAAAAGAGCAAAAAUGAUGAGAUGCUUAUUGUACAGAUGAAGAUGGAAGAUUUUAGCUCAGCUAGUGAGCCGGUAAUAAUACUGAUAUUAAUAAUAAUAAUAACAAUAAAAAUAAUAAUAAUAAUAAUAGUGCGAAAAAAUUAUUCUGACAUUUUUUUUUUCAUCAAAGCUUAUACCAUUCCCAUUGACCCCCUGGAUUUUUAAAACCUGAAAGCAAUUUCAAAAUAUUUGGCUGGCAAACGGCUGGCUGCAUUGCCAUUGCUUCAAACGAAUCUAACUUUUGCAGUUUCAUAAAUAUUACUUUAAAACUGUUAAGAUUUUAACAUUUUUUUAACUUAGUGGGUUUCAUGCAUGUUUUCGCUUCAGUUUGUUACCGUGCUAUUUUACAGAACAUAUGUUGACCAAUUAUCUUUUACACCUAAGAAAAUUGAAGGGUAGUUUGUAAAAACUGCAUGAAUCUUUCGGCUCUAUCUCCAGUUGUCUUGUAUGGGUAUCAAAUGUUUAGUAAAAGGGAUCAUUCUGAUUUUUUUCUGGUUCCUUCAAAUUUUGUUUGUGUGUUCGUUCGUUUGUUCGUUUGUUUUUAAUUUUUUCUUAACUAACUUAACGCUUUUAAAUGACAUUAUUCCAUCAGGAAAAGAGUGCUAAGGGUUAACUUAGUUUUUCAUUUUUUUAAAUUUCAUUUUAUUUUUUUUUGUGGGGAGGGGGGGGGGAUUUUACUAACAGACAAAUACUUGCCCUUUAUUGAUAGGUUGAAAGAUGCAAAAUAGAUGAAAUGAGGAUACCUGAGAAAGUUACCUUUACUCUACCAUCUUGUGAUGCUUCCGUCAUGAGACUUACCACAAAAUUAUUGCAGAAACAAAGCGAUGAUGUGGAAGUAGUGCUAUUGGAAACAGAACAGUUAAGCGCCAGCUUGCCUCUGGUAAGUUAUAAGUUCAACUGAUUUAUUUUGUACUUUUAAUGAUGAUUUAAGAUUUAGGAACAAUGAAAGGUUUGCGCUACUGGGUUGAAAAAAUAUGAAAUUACAACAGAAGUAUUUUGGGAGUGUUAGUAUAAUAAUAUUUUAAAAUUUUAGCACCCAGCAGGCACUGAAAAAAAGAGAUCAUAAUUGCAUAGAAUCCGUCGUAUACGCGAAUUCGACCUCAAUUAUCUUAAACAGUUCAUUAACUGCGUUAAGAAACAUUGUGACACUUAUUAGGAGAUUUCUGGAUAAAACAGGGCGUGGGUGGUCACGUGAUGCAGUUAUAAACACUUUUAAAAUGAAAUUGGAAGAUUUCUUGGUUAUGAUUGGCAUUAAAUUAUUAGUCACGGAAUUUGUUAAAAAUACUUUACCUUACACCACCCCCUUCAAAAAUUCUGAAAAAUUUGUUAAGACCCAGGCCUUAAUCUACUUGAGCAUUUUUGGUGUUUAUCACAUAAACUCGAUCCAGGAUUGUCAGUUCUAGGAAGAAAUAAAAUCGAAAUAUAUUUUCAUAUUUAGGAGUUUAAGACAAAGAAUUUCAGUUAUAGUCUAGUGGUUGCCCGCCUUCGGGCGACCAAGUGAGUGAGUGAGUGUAUAGUCUAGGCUGAGUUUAUCGGUGAAAAUCCAAAUAAUGAAGUAACAUGAAGUGAAUAUAAAUAAAUAAAUAAAUAAAUAUAAGUAAAUGAAUAGGAUGACUAAGCCACAAUAUUGACACCUUUCUCGCUUACAAAACAAUUCAAUUUACCAAGCAAAAGUUUGGAUUUGUACAGUGUCCCACCGUGGAAAGUAUCCAGUGUCGUUAUAUAGUUGGAAAUUGGGUUGCAACAACGAGUGUUUUCAUUGGUUACUUCGAAGUCACAUGAAAUCUAGCAAUAAAACUGUUUAACCCGCCAAAAUCUAUGACGUCAGAGGAUAACAGUGCACUGUUACCAGCAAAUGUUGACCACUGGCAAGAUUUAUUUUUAUAAAUUUGUACACGAAAAAGUUUUCUUCGUGAGCUUAAUAUAACAAAUAACUUAAAGACUGGUCCCGACGGAAACUGUUAGUUUUGUUUCCCUUGGGACCAGUCAGUAAGUGUUCAAUAUUUACCAAAAACUUUCCCCUUAAAUUUCUGAUAUAUUUUCUUUCUUUCCUUAUUUUUAUUCCCAGGUACCACAUUGGGAGACCGGUGAACCAACAGAAAUAUAAUGAGACGCUUGGGAAUGGACACAAAUGUGAGGUUAUUCUAAACUAAAUAUCAUGGGUGACAAAUUACUCCUUAAUUUUAGCACGAAAUUUCAGCGUAAAUUUAUAAUUUCAAAUGUGAAAUUGUUGCCAUAAUGGCAAUGUUCUAUACGUCUCAUAAGAAUUUUUAAAAUAGUAUGAAUGAAGUUGACUCAGGGCAGUAAACGACGCUUAAGAAAACCUAAACACACGAGAGGGCCCAUCGAGAAAGAUUAUAGCAAGAAAAUUUUCUUUCUUUCUCUUUUUUUUUUUUUCGAAAAAUACAUAAACCUGUGGACUUAACAAACUUAGGCCAAAAUUUACGCUAUAAACUUUUCAGUGCGAGGAGUGCUCAAUCGAUGAACAAGUAACGAUACAAAAAACAAACAAACAAAACAAAAACAAAAAACAAAACAAAAGAAAAAACAAAAAAGACACGAUCUUCAGGAUAAUUUCUUACCCGUGAUAUUAAUAGUUAAUAUAAGGCUGGAGAAAUUAUUGGAAUUUGGACAAUACGCGCGUGAAAUUAUUCCCGAAUUUCAGUCGCCACCAUUUGAAUGAACAUACUUAUUGAUGCUUGUUUUGUGUUAACCUGCGAUCAGGCUCUACUUUUCGUUAAUAAUAAUGGUAUUGAUGAUAAUGAUGGGGAUGACGUGAUGAGGAUGACGAUGAUAUUACAUGGGCGGAUUUAGGGGUCGGCUGAGUGGACCCGGCCACCCCACUCAUUAUUUUUAAGUAAUGAUCCAGGUAAGACGCAAUGCACAUGGCACAAUUUACAACAAUACGCAUGGCGCAAUACACUUUCCCUACAUAGAAAUGUUUUCAUUUUCAUACAGAGAAUGCUUAUAGCUACAAAAAGGCCGUUUACGAAAUAAAAGAUGUAUUCAAACUCCAUUUUCAAAACGUUU